AUGUCGAGAAGAGGACUGGUGAAAAGUUCCUUCGUAUUGUUUGUAUUAUCCAUCCUCUGGGGAAUAGCCGUGUGCCCGGAGAUUCUCAGGGCGUGUUUGGAGUGUAAUCAAGGGUCUGGAGGUGAUGUGAAGCUGGAGGAUGUCGAGAGCAGAGUCUCCAGACUGGAAAGAAGACUCCGAGCUAUGGAGCAACCUGUCUGGGAGAUCAGAGGAUGGUCCGGAGACUGGGAAUUAUGUGCAGAAGGGCCCUGCAAGUGUUUACCGGAGACAAAAUCCAUCUCCUGCUGGAGACAGGAGCUCAUUGACGUGCCUCCUACCCAGCUAGUACCUCAGGAUACCCUGAAAAUAGAUCUGGGCAGCAAUGAGCUCAGUGCACUCCACAGAGACACCUUCCAGGAUUUAAUUCACCUGCGAGACCUAGAUCUCAGUAAUAAUAUGAUCGAGCAUCUGCCACUCAGCAUCUUCUACUCCCUCCACAGCGUUACGCAUCUUAAAUUGAGUAAAAAUCUACUGAGGGACUUGCAUCAGAGCCAAUUGCUGAGGAUGAGGAAUCUUCAGAUUCUCGAUCUCUCAUCAAACAAGCUGGUCAACCUGCCAGAUGGUCUCUUCAUAACGAACACUGUCCUCUACCUCCUCGAUGUAUCAUCAAACCGUAUCGCAUCUCUACCAAGUGGAAUAUUCUACGGUUUGCGAGACCUCGAGGAUCUCCUAUUCGCGAAAAACCAUCUGGCCUAUCUCGACGUAGAUGUCCUGAAGGAUUUAGUCAGUCUCAAGUGCAUCAGACUGGAAGAAAAUCGCCUCAGAGACAUCCCAGUUGGACUUCUGGACUCGCAGAUUAAUCUCGUGGAACUGAACCUGAGGGACAACAGAUUAGUCUCACUCCCUGCGAGUUUAUUCUCUCAGCUGGAGCGUUUGACAAGUCUGGAUCUCUCCAGCAAUUUAAUAUCCAAAAUGGAUAGAGACGCAUUCAGAGGUCUCACGGCCCUUCGAGAACUUCGUCUUGGACGCAAUCACAUAAAGGCAUUUCCCAAGGGAAUUUUCCUCAGGACUCCCUCGUUGCAACACUUGGUUCUCUACGCAAAUGCCAUUGAAGUUUUAGACGAUGGGGAUUUUCAAGGACUUGAGAAUUUAACUUCUCUUUUUUUGCACUCUAAUCGGAUUCGAUAUCUCCAAGCUGAUGUUCUCAAGGACACCCCAAAUUUGAAAAAAUUACAAUUAGAGGGUAAUCAUCUGCAGUACUUGCCGGGUCGUUUCUUGGACAGUGUCCCGAUAAUUCAGCAAUUGCGUCUCGCUCGUAACCCCUGGCACUGCGACUGUCAAACAGCAUAUUUAUCAAUGUGGCUGAGAAAAAUGUAUCUGUCAAGAGUCAAUGGGAGUACAAAUGGCCGUGGAAAUUUCUGGGAGUCGGGUGCAGGAGCAGUUUGCCGGGGCCCAGGUACUCUGGGUGGUAAAUUAGUCGCCGAAUUAUCUUUCUACGAUCUUUGUGAGGGCCAGUGGGCCUCCAUGAAGGGCCUUGCCCCUCGAAUCCCCGUCGAUGUGCUCGGCUGAAUGCCCCCGGGUCUCAACGAAAAUAAAUCCAAAGGUCGAAUUGCUUUACUUAAUUUCGUCGAUGGAAUUUCUUAUCGAGUCCGACGCCCAGGGGUCAUCGCGAUUAAAACCAGAGGGAACAGUAUUUUUUAUUCCAUAAAAUUAUAGUCGAAUUAUUUCUGUAUUCCACUGAUAUAGCUAAUAAAUAUUAUUU